CUGCGUCCAUCCCAAAAAACCUAAACUCCUAUCCAUUAUGCUCCUCUUACCACUAAUUCAGUCUAAAUUGUCGACUCCUAUCCAUUACGGUCCUAAAAAUUUGAAAACCUAACUGAACCUGGAUUUCGUCUUCCAUUAUAGCUCCAUCUUCAGAUUACCUAUCCCAAUCUCUAGUUCGAGGUUGAAAGCACAUGGCUGGUAAUGAGAUUGAAGAGUGGGUACCGAGAACGGAAGAAGGAGGUGAUGAAAUCCCCAAUUACGUACAACAGACAACCUGGUAGGCCAAAAACCAAGAGAAUUAAGGAUGCUUCAGAGAAAGCUACUGAGGGAACGAAGCUGGGAAGGGUCCAGAAAUCAUUGAAGUGCAGCAGAUGUGGGAUUUUGCGGCACAAUGUCAAGACCUGUCAUAGGCACUUGCCACCUAAGGAGAAGAUAAGCAAAAAGAGGAAGCUAGACAGUGGAGAGGACUCCACUAAUCAAUCUAAGGCUAAGGGUACCAAAAAGCCUCCUCUAACAAAGAAUGAGCUUAGGGCCAAAGUUAUACAGAAAGCAGAAAAGGUGAAGAAUAAGAGGGACGCACAUAAGGCAGCAGCAAAAGCUGUUGCAAAAACAACCACUGCUAAAGCAACAACAAAGUCGAGCACUGCUUCAACCACUACACAAGCUGCUAGAGCAAACAGUAAAGCUUCUACCUCUGCAAAGUCUUCAACACCAACAAGAUCAUCACAGAGGAUUAGAGCUGGAAAGGAUGCAUGAAAAUAGACCUAGGAGGCUGGGAUUAGCAAGCCAGGUUAUUUUAUAUUGAUUGAUGAAAUGUUGCAUUAUUUUGUGCAACCUUGUGCUGGGUCUAAUCUUUUGUUAUGAUGAUUAGAGCUAAUCUGGACAAAGCAACUAUUUCCAACUUCUUUUUUUUUUUUUGAUGCAAAACAGUGAAAUGCAUCUUAUUGGCUGCUAAUUCUUAAGACAAUGUCAGUAUUACUCCUAUUAUUAAUGAUAAGCACGUUGUGUUAUUUUACAACUU